ACGUUUACGACCACAGCAGCAUGAGCCCAUCGAUGCCACCGGCACAGCCCAGGGGCUCUUCCCGCCACCACACGACGUCAUCAUCCAGGACUACUACCACGCGGCCCGCGAUAAGAAUCAUCCACAUCAUCGCGCCGGAGAUCAUCAAGACCGACGCCGCAAACUUCCGGAGCCUCGUGCAGCGGCUCACCGGGAGGCAGCACCAACAGCUGUCGGACGACGAAUCCAGCGCGGCCGUGACGGUGGCCGUGGCGCCUACGCCGCCUUCGCCCAUAGAGAAGCCGCAGAAGAAGAGGUUGGCGCCGGCGCCGGUGCUUGCCGACGAUUUUGUGUUGCAGCAGGAGAACAGAGGGAGGAAGAAAAUCAAGUGCGAGGUGGUGAAGGUGGAGGAAGGAGGGUUCAGCUUCGGUGGCGGUGCUGGUGCCGGUGACCUUGACUUCGGCGAGCUGUGGAUGGACCGCAACCCUGGGGGCUUCUUGAGCUUCCUGGAGGAGGACGUCUUCCAGGGGACGAUGGUCCCUGACUUCUUGCAGCCUCCUCUAGGGUCGUCGAGGAUGGAUUUGAUUGGUGAAAUGUGUGCAUCCUAUCUGGCUUAAUUAGGUAGUUAGAGCUGUUUUGUGAUCUUCUUUUUGUUGUUGUUGUGAGCAUUUUUACACUUUGGUCGAGAGAAUUGGGUUCUUUUUUCCUCUGUCUAGAUGAACAUAAAUACA